AGCGAUGGGGAGUUUAUCCUCUUUCGUCUUCGUUUUCUUUUUCAUUAUUGUGUUGGCAUUCCCAAUGAAGCCCGUGAGCGGUGAAGCACUGUACACAGAAUCGAGGUGGGUGGUGAAGGAGGGUGGAGGGAGAGUGAAGCUUGCGUGUGUGAACUGGGUGUCUCAUUUGGACACUGUGGUGGCCGAGGGACUCCAUAAACAGCCUCUUGAUGUUAUCUCCAAGAAGAUCAAGUCCAUGGGAUUCAACUGCGUUAGGCUCACUUGGCCAAUUUAUUUAGUCACAAAUGAGUCUCUGGGUUCUCUCACUGUGAGACGUUCGUUUCAGAACCUUGGCCUGCUCGGUGCCAUUGCCGGUGUUCAAGCCAAAAACCCAGACAUCAUCGAUCUUCCCCUCAUUAAAGCUUUCCAGGCGGUGGUGAAAAACCUCGGGGACAACGACGUGAUGGUGAUUCUGGACAAUCACAGGACCGACCCAGGGUGGUGCUGCGGCAGCACAGAUGGGAAUGGCUUCUUCGGCGACGAGCAUUUCGACCCUGACCUCUGGGUGCAGGGGCUCACCAAGAUGGCCACCUUAUUCCGUGGAGUUCCUCAUGUAGUUGCCAUGAGCUUGAGAAAUGAGCUUCGAGGCCCCAGACAAAACGUUCCCGAUUGGUUCAAGUACAUGCAAAGAGGAGCAGAGGCGGUGCAUUCGGCAAACCCUGAUGUUUUGGUGAUUCUGUCAGGGUUAAGUUUUGAUACCGACUUGUCGUUCCUUGGGGGUCGAAAACCGACUCUGACAUUCAGCAAGAAACUAGUGUACGAGGCUCACUGGUACGGCUUCACAAAUGGUAAGGUUUGGGUAUCAACAAACCUAAACCAAGCAUGUGCACAAAUAACCGGAAAUGUGAUGAGCCAUUCAGGGUUCUUGCUGGGCCAAGGAUUCCCACUGUUUUUCAGUGAGUUCGGGAUGGACCUGACAGGUUCCAACCUGAACGACAUAAGGUACUUUCACUGCUUCAUGGCUCUCGCCGCUGAGCUUGACUUCGACUGGGCCCUGUGGUCUCUGGUUGGCAGCUACUACUACAGAGAAGGAGUCCCGGGAACCACCGAGAAUUAUGGAGUUCUUGACGCAGAGUGGGCCCAGGUUAAGAAUCCAGGUUUCUUGCGGAGGAUCUCUUCUCUUCAGGUUCCUUUCCGAGGGCCUGGAGUUUCAGGAGGUAGUCCACAUCAAGUGAUUUUCCAUCCACUGACGGGUCUAUGCGUUUCAAGAAAGUCUGGUGGGCUUGAACCAUUAGCGUUGGGGGCUUGCUCAGAUUCUGAAGGUUGGAAUUACACAAACCAGCGGAUUGUGCCAGUGAAGGGAAGAAACUUGUGCUUGCAAGCAGGGCAAUUGGGGAAGGCAGUAAAAGUGGCAGGAACAUGCUCUGAUUCGGACUCUCGGUGGGAAAUGAUAUCAGAUUCUAAGAUGCAUCUGUCAUCAAAAGUCAGCGACAAUUCCACCGUUUGUCUGGACGUGGAUUCCAACAACAUCGUUGUCACCAGUGCUUGCAAAUGUUUGAGCACCGACUCAACAUGUGACCCUACCAGUCAAUGGUUCAAAUUCGUGGACAGCACAAGGGGUUAAACCCCAUAAUUAAUAGCAGUAUAAUGUAAUCUUAAUAAUAUCUUCAAAUAUCUGCUCUUUCUUUGUCCCGUACCAAUGAUUUAUAUGGCAUGACCAUAACAAGGUCAGAUCAUUUGUUAA